CUAGGACCUCACGGGCAAAGGAGAGCCCGACCUCCUACAACCAGGUAUUCUCCCCCGCAAGGUCGCGGGAGGUCGCCCCCUCAGCGCACCUCUGGGGGCGAAGGCUACGGCGAAGCUUAUCUGGAGUGGUCGGAAUACGGCGUCCGCUGCACUUGCAACGAGUGCGGGACUCGGAACUGUCAACACUUCACCGGCAAGUGCGAGUGUUUCCCGAAUGUGGACGGAGAGGACUGUGAUCGCUGUGCUGCAGAUCACUGGGGCUUUGCAUCUUGCCAGGGCUGCCAACCGUGCCAAUGCGGAAUCGCAGCCGCCAAGAGCCAGUGUGACGAAGGGACCGGUCAGUGCAUAUGCAGAGAUGGCGCAACAGGACAACGAUGCGAAUUAUGCAAACCGGGCUACUGGAACUACACACGCCACGGAUGCCAAGCUUGCACGUGUCAGGAAGGGUUUCAGCGUUGGUGUAGGGUGCAACCCACUGACUGGCCAGUGUUCCUGCUUACCCGGCGUUGUUGGAGCAAACUGUGAUGGAUGCCCCUACAGGUGGGUACUGAUUGAGGGAUAUGGCUGCCAAGAGUGCGAGGAGUGUGUUCAUGCUCUGCUUGACACUACUGAUGAACUUAUUAGGCUCAUUGAGCCAACGAUACUGGAAUUCAAGACCGCAGCGCACAGCUACUUCCUCCACCAAUCGUUGAGCGCCAUCAAUUCGACAGUGCACGAGCUUCGACCACGGGUCGAUCUGAUGGACCUACCCCAGGCUGAGACGCAUCCAAUUCAUACAGCCAUCGAGGAUGUCUUCAAGACGGCGCAGUCCAUUUCUGGCAAGGCAAACAUUCUGUACGAUCGAGCUGACGAAGCCUCAACAAACAGCUUUGCAGUGUUUAACGACGCCCUUGCUGUUCAGAAACACGUCGAUGACGCCUUCAGUUCAGCAAGGAGUGUCAUUGGAGAGAUCAAUCGGCUUGUAAUGGUCUGGAGACUGGCACAGGUGCACAACUUGAGCAAGCAAUUCACGAAGCCGAAGACAUUGUGGAUCGGAUGCGACAGCGCGAUUUCAGUCCCAUUUGGGGGAUAA